AUGUCCAUCAGUGCCCCAGUUAUGUUCAUCAGUGCCCCAGUUAUGUUCAUCAGAGCCCUAGUUAUGUUCACCAGAGCCCUAGUUAUGUUCAUCAGAGCCCUAGUUAUGUUCAUCAGUGCCCCAGUUAUGUUCAUCAGUGCCCCAGUUAUGUUUAUCAGUGCCCUAGUUAUGUUCAUCAGUGCCCCAGUUAUGUUCAUCAAUGCCCCAGUCAUGUCCAUCAGUACCCCAGUCAUGUCCAUCAGUGCCCCAGUUAUGUUCAUCAAUGCCCCAGUUAUGUUCAUCAAUGCCCCAGUCAUGUCCAUCAGUACCCCAGUCAUGUCCAUCAGUGCCCCAGUUAUGUUCAUCAAUGCCCCAGUUAUGUUCAUCAAUGCCCCAGUCAUGUCCAUCAGUACCCCAGUUAUGUUCAUCAGUGCCCCAGUUAUGUUCAUCAAUGCCCCAGGUAUGUUCAUCAGUGCCCCAGUUAUGUUCAUCAGAGCCCUAGUUAUGUCCAUCAGUGCCCCAGUUAUGUUCAUCAGUGCCCCAGUUAUGUUCAUCAAUGCCCCAGGUAUGUUCAUCAGAGCCCUAGUUAUGUUCAUCAAUGCCCCAGGUAUGUUCAUCAGAGCCCUAGUUAUGUUCAUCAGUGCCCCAGGUAUGUUCAUCAGUGCCCCAGUUAUGUUCAUCAAUGCCCCAGGUAUGUUCAUCAGUGCCCCAGUUAUGUUCAUCAAUGCCCCAGGUAUGUUCAUCAGAGCCCUAGUUAUGUUCAUCAAUGCCCCAGGUAUGUUCAUCAGAGCCCUAGUUAUGUUCAUCAAUGCCCCAGUUAUGUUCAUCAGUGCCCCAGUUAUGUUCAUCAGAGCCCUAGUUAUGUCCAUCAGUGCCCCAGUUAUGUUCAUCAGUGCCCCAGUUAUGUUCAUCACUGCCCCAGGUAUGUUCAUCAGUGCCCCAGUUAUGUUCAUCAGAGCCCUAGUUAUGUCCAUCAGUGCCCCAGUUAUGUUCAUCAGUGCCCCAGGUAUGUUCAUCAAUGCCCCAGGUAUGUUCAUCAGAGCCCUAGUUAUGUUCAUCAAUGCCCCAGGUAUGUUCAUCAGAGCCCUAGUUAUGUUCAUCAGUGCCCCAGUUAUGUUCAUCAGUGCCCCAGUUAUGUUCAUCAAUGCCCCAGGUAUGUUCAUCAGAGCCCUAGUUAUGUUCAUCAAUGCCCCAGGUAUGUUCAUCAGAGCCCCAGGUAUGUUCAUCAGAGCCCCAGGUAUGUUCAUCAGUGCCCCAGUUAUAUUCAUCAAUGCCCCAGGUAUGUUCAUCAGAGCCCCAGGUAUGUUCAUCAGAGCCCUAGUUAUGUUCAUCAGAGCCCUAGUUAUAUUCAUCAGAGCCCCAGGUAUGUUCAUCAGAGCCCUAGUUAUGUUCAUCAAUGCCCCAGUGUGUAAAAUAGGGAGACUACAGGAAGAGCCAGGGGUCUGUCUGCUCUGCCUGUGUGCCAUAAACACGAUAGUGAAGGAGACGGAGAACGUAGUAUUGCGGCUACGUCAGAACGCCGAUGCUCUGUCGUCGUGA